UCCGAGGGGCUGGUGCCUGGCAGGGCCAGGCUGCCACCGCCAGCAAGAUGCCCGCAGUCUCUAUCCUUUACAAGGGAGCCAUCAUCAUCAGCAGGACACUCAUGGGACCGUAUGGGAUGGAUCGAACCGUGCACUGCUUCGAUUUCUACGACUGUGCAAACGGGCUGGGUAUUAAGGUGAUCGGUGGCAUCAAGGAACUCACUGGAGAAGAAUAUGGAGUUUAUGUCAAGCGGAUCCUUCCAGGGGGUGUUGCUUAUGCAGACGGGCGCCUGCAGCCAGGAGACCAGAUCCUGGAGGUCAAUGGAGAUUCCCUAAUUGGAGUUACAAGUGAGAGGGCCGUGGACAUCCUGAGGACGGCGUCGGCCACCAGCCACAUGCGCCUUCUCAUAGCCCGCGACGACGACGCCAGGAGGGAGUUCUCUGAGCUGCUGGAGAAGUUCGGCUCCCAGAGCAACACGGGCUCAGCGCGGAGCUCGCCGGUCCUGCACGGCGGCAGUCGAUACCUGGAGAGCACAUCCUCGGGCUCCUCCUCGCGCUCCCAGAGCCCGCUGCUGCUGAGCCCCGCCAACCCCCACGGGCCCUGCAUCGGCACCGCGGCGCACGCCCCUCACACACACUGCUCCAUUGACUCAGGAAUCCAGAGCAUUUCUGUAGCAAACUCCUCCGGCCUAGGGCUGACCAUCAGUGGUGGAUCUAACAGGCCUGAUGGGCCCAUGAUUUAUGUCCAGGAGCUUUUGCCAGAUGGGGACUGUUACAAGGAUGGUCGGCUCCGACCCGGUGACCAACUAAUCGCCAUCAACAGAGACUCUUUGGUGGGCAGCACACAUGAAGAGGCCAGAAAAAUAAUUGAAAAAGCCAAAUUCAGACACGAGGGAAGCACAGAAGUGGCCUUUAUUCCUGGAAGGGGACGGUUACACCCUGGACUGUCAGUGCACAACAACAUCCCAUCACCACCUCUGAAGGCUGUGGGAAACGGCCUGAGCUCCUGCAGGCUCAAGGUCCACGUGAGGUCCCCAGAGAAUAGACGUGAAAAUCCUUUUCCUGUGCCUUCUUUGUCACCGGACAUUUGCCCACCAGAGCUUACGGUCUCAGCACCUGCUUCAGCAUCCAAUCACAAAGCAGCUUCAGGUACCAAACCAAAAGUAGCACUGGAUCCCCACAUCCGGCUCAAGGAUGGGAAACUGGAACUGGUUCUGAGGUAUCUUGGCCUGGAUGUGACGGAGGAGAAGAAGAGGCAGCUGCGGCAGAGCCUGACCACGGACUCGCAGGGGACGGUGGCCUAUGGAGAUGUUCUCCAAGCACUCAGGGAUCUGAUGCAGGAGGAGCUGGAAGAGGCUGGUCUGGAUUCCACCUCUGUGCUCUUCACACAGCAUGAAGUGGCCAAUUUGCUGGAUACAUCGGCUUUUCACUCCCCGGCCUUUGACUCUCUCACCUGCAAUGGCAGCGAGGACCUGGAGCAGCUGCAGCUGGAGAUGACGGAUCUGCGGCACGAAGUCCGAAGGCUAAAGUCUCUCCUGAAAGAGGUGGAGAACAGCAAGAAGUCGAUGGAGGAUGAGCUUCAGAGGCUGAACCAGAAAGCUCUGGGGUUCCUCUCCGAGAACCGGACGCUGCACAACAAGCUGCAGAUGGCCGAGGUGGUGCAGAGACAGGCCCACAGCGCCGAGCAGGACUACGAGGAAGUGAUCCACUUGCUGGAGGCUGAAAUUGCAGAACUGAAGAUGCAGCUGGCGGGGAAGAAAGCAAAACACGUCUCUGAAAUAGAGGAGGACGUCCUGGAGCUGAAGAGGCAGCUGUCCCUGGCUGAUGGCCAGUUAAGGAAAUCAGAAGUCUCCCGGAAGCGCCUGGAGAUCUGCAACAGGAAACUGCUCCUGUUUGUGCAGAACGUUCACAAGGUCCUGAGCACACCCAGUCAUUUACCAGACGAGAAAAGCGCCGACAACGCAGCAGAAGAGGAUAAAACAGACGCAGUCUCAGAUACAUCUCUUCCAUCUUCAGAUCUUGUUGACCUCUUGCUAUCAGAAGCUAAAGAACUGUUAGCACCAAUCCUCUCCAGCAAGGACGCUCUGCCAUGGGACAGGGACCAGUGCCUGCCUGCUGAAGGAAUCCCAAAUUACAAAGACCAUCUCCAUCAGAAGACCACGUGGCCCCCCCCUGCAAGCCAGACCAAGAGUGACCAACCACAGCCACCGAGUCCAACGGAGCUGCCCAAGAAGCCGACAUAAAUGCCCCGUGGCUUGGCCGUGCUCUGCACCGUGACCCCACCGGGGCUGGGAGAGGGGAAGGACACCCCAUGGGCACCUCUCCAGGCAAAGCAGACUGAGAACAAGCUUCCUGACACAAGACUUGGCUCUUCCUCACCCUCCCAGACUUUUUCAGCGACCUCCCCUGCUCGUCUACCUCCGAGUUACCACACAAGGCUAUUUGCUCACGGUUCUGCAGCUUUAUAGGAAAAGUAUUCUCAAGAGGCCCCAGGGGCCUGGAUUUCAGUGGCAGCCUUUUUAGAGCUUUGUAUUCUGGGUAGUAAGAGGAGCGUGAACUCCCCUGAGGGACUCGGGGGUCUCCAACAGACUUCUUUUGGUAUUUCAGAUGGAAAACCAAAGCCUAUUUUAGUGACUGUCAUCAAAACAGCUUAGUCUGUAGCGUCCUAGCUGUCUUGGGAUAGGUACUGCUCUUUUUAUUCUUUUUGUAUAGCUUAUCCCAGCUGCAAUGCUUGAAGUGGAAAGCAGCCAGUUUGUUGGACCAAGAGCUCAGAGAUAUCCAGGGGGACGCUCCGGUGACAACGGACACCCUUCCCGGGAUGUGAGAGGGGACAUAGUGGACAUAGUGAACAUAGCUCAGUAAAGGUCCACGGUGUCACUGGGAAACGAGAUACACCCGAUGCAAGACUGUACUGUGAGAGGGCAAUGAAUGGGACACAGAGCUGAGAUGAGCAGAAGGUCUGGAAAAUAAAAUGGAAACACUUCUCACGGGCGUUUGCUCUCUGGGCUGUGAUUGCAGGGGUUGUGCUCGGCGUCCCUGAGACAAAGGCACAGCCUGAGUCCAUUUUCCCUCCCUCUGAUUUGGGCAGCUCCUAGUGAGAUGCAUUGGGAAGCUGCAAGGAAAUGGGGUGCAAUCUGGCUUUUACAAAUAAUUUGUUAAGAUUGCUUCAAAUCUCCUUUGUGGGGGUUCAAAGCAUGCAGAUCCUUUAUAGCCCAAAUUAAAGGCUUGGGAAAAAUCAUGACCCUCACCAGCAUCUACUGCACUUGGGGAUAUCACGACACUGCUAAACCAGCAAGUGUGUGAUGGAAUAUAUCAUAUAAAUAACCAAUCUGAAAUGUUGGUUAAACUUAAUUUCAUAGCUUGAAGCAAAUAAAUUUUGUGAGUCCAUGCCUUGGAAUAUAAUUCAAAGGACUUCCUUCAAAGGGAAACAUAAUUCUUUGGACCACU